ACUUGAGUUGAUUGUUCACUUUCCCCUUUAACAUGCUUCCUACAGCCAAAUGUUCUUCUGGGGUUCAAAUGCUCACUCUUUUGUUGGAAGUAAAUGUUCUGUUAAUGCCAAAUUAUCAUUGACCAUUUGCUAUUUCUGCUUUCUGGUCAAUUGCUUUUGUAGAUUAUCAAGAUGACGGGGAUGAGAUUUUGUGGACUUGUUUAUGCGGGGUUGUAUGGUUACUUGGUGCUUUUUGCAGUUGCUCAGAUUACAGAUCCUUCAGAAGUCAGCGCAUUGGUGGCAGUCAUGGGAAGAUUAAUUGAUCCUAUGAACCAUCUCGGAAACUGGAACGAGGGAGAUCCAUGCCAAUCAAAAUGGACCGGAGUUUUAUGUUUUGACACAACUGAUGAGACUGAUGGUUACUUGCAUAUUCAGAAUCUGCUUCUGCUGAACAUGAAUCUUUCGGGAAGUUUAGCGCCUGAGCUUGGCCAACUAUCUCGUCUUCGAAUAUUGGAUUUCAUGUGGAAUGAUCUGACAGGAAGCAUACCAAAGGAGAUAGGGAAUAUAUCAUCUUUAGUACUCUUACUCUUGAAUGGAAACAGAUUAUCAGGAUCUUUACCGGAAGAGCUAGGCAAGCUUUCAAACUUGAACAGACUCCAAGUAGACGAGAACAAUAUCUCGGGCACUAUACCAAAAUCAUUCGCUAACAUGACCAGUAUGAGACACUUUCACUUGAACAACAAUUCAAUUGUUGGUCAACUUCCACCUGAGCUUUUCAAUUUAUCCAGACUUAUUCACUUGCUAGUGGAUAAUAAUAACUUGACUGGAUCUCUCCCACCAGAAUACUCAGAGUUGCCAACAUUGCGCAUACUUCAACUUGAUAACAAUAACUUUAGUGGGACAGAAAUUCCAGCCACUUACGGAAACUUUUCAAGCUUAGUUAAAUUAAGUCUAAGACAUUGCAGCUUGCAGGGAGCCGUUCCUGAUCUUAGCAGGAUUCCAACGCUUUACUAUCUGGAUCUUAGCGGGAAUCAGCUUACUGGACCCAUACCAUCAAAUAAGCUUUCUGAUAAUAUAACAACCAUUGAUCUGUCAGAAAACAGUCUUAAUGGAUCCAUCCCAGCAAGUUUCUCAGAUCUUCCUUCUCUUCAGAGACUGUCACUUGAUAACAAUUUUUUGGAUGGUUCUAUCCCGGCUAGCAUAUGGCAGAACAUGUCCUUGAGUUCAAGUGCUAUACUGUCACUUGAUCUGAGGAACAAUAAUUUCUCAAGCGUUUUAGGAGAUCUAGAUCCUCCAAACAAUGUCACACUAAGGCUCGCCGGCAAUCCUAUCUGCACAACUGCAAACAUACCAAACAUAGACCAAUUCUGUGAUUCUGAAGCAGAAGACGAUGAGACAAUUACAAAAUCCACCAAUUCAAAAUGUCCUAUUCACGCAUGUCCUACAGAUAAUUUCUACGAAUAUGUCCCAGCAUCUGGUGAUUUAUGUACCUGUGCAGCACCUCUGAGAAUUGGAUACGGGCUGAAAAGUCCUAGUUUCUCUUAUUUCGGUCCAUAUGCCAACCUUUUUGAAGCAUACGUGACUAGUUCUCUCAACUUAAGCAUUUAUCAACUAUCAGUUGAUUCAAUUGCUUGGGAGAAAGGACCUCGUAUAAGGAUGUAUUUGAAGCUGUUUCCUCAUGCCAACUCAAGUACGUUUAAUACAAGUGAGGUGCAGCGAAUUAGAGACAUAUUUACAUCCUGGAAAUUUCCUGGUGAUGACCUAUUUGGACCUUAUGAGCUGCUCAACUUCACUCUCCUAAAUCCUGAGACUCAAAGGACAGGUAUUCGUAAAGGUGCUUUGGCAGCAAUUGUAGUAGCAGCCACUGCCAGUGCUGUGGUAAUAUCUGCAGCCGUAACAUUUCUGAUGACAAGAAGACAUGCCAGAAAUCAGCACUCCCUGUCAAGAAGGCGGAUGUCCACAAAGGUUUCAAUGAAAAUUGAUGGAGUGAAGGGCUUCAAGUUCAAAGAAUUGGCAUCGGCAACUGACAACUUUAACCGCUCAACUCAAGUUGGUCAAGGAGGUUAUGGAAAGGUUUAUAAAGGCAUUUUAUCUGACAAUACAGUAGUCGCCAUAAAACGAGCAGAAGAAGGAUCUUUACAGGGCCAAAAAGAAUUCUUGACUGAGAUAAAAUUAUUGUCAAGGUUACAUCAUCGGAACCUGGUUUCUUUGUUGGGCUACUGUGAUGAAGAAGAGGAGCAGAUGCUGGUGUAUGAGUUCAUGCCUAAUGGCACCUUGAGAGACUGGCUUUCGGGUAAAGCUAAAGCACUCCAUAAUUUUGGUAUGAGGGUCCGCAUUGCAUUAGAUUCAGCUAAGGGGAUUCUUUACCUCCAUACUGAAGCAAACCCACCUGUGUUCCACCGAGAUAUCAAAGCCAGCAACAUACUUCUUGACUCCAAGUUUAUUGCUAAAGUUGCUGAUUUUGGACUCUCACGACUUGCUCCGGUCCUAGAUGAUGAAGGAACCAUGCCAACUCAUGUUUCCACAAUUGUCAAGGGAACACCAGGCUACCUCGAUCCAGAAUAUUUUCUAACUCACAAUUUGACAGAUAAAAGUGAUGUUUAUAGCCUCGGAGUUGUACUCCUGGAGCUCUUGACGGGUAUGCAACCAAUAUCACAUGGAAAAAACAUAGUUCGCGAGGUGAAUAUAGCUCGUGAAUCGGGCUUGAUGUUCUCCGUCAUAGACAAUAGAAUGGGGUCUUAUCCAUCUGAAUGCAUCGAAAGAUUUGUAGCUUUGGCCCUCAAUUGUUGCCAUGACAGGACAGAACGACGGCCAUCCAUGUCAGAUGUAGUGAGGGAGCUAGAAACCAUACUGAAGAUGAUACCAGAAACUGAUGCCACAUUUUCUGAAUCCACCUCCAUGCAUUCUGGCAGCAAAUCAACAUCAGCAUCAGCUUCUUCAUCGUUCAUGAUGAGGGAUCAACAUUUUUCAUCUUAUUCUUAUGUAUCAGGCAGUGACCUUGUGAGUGAUGUCAUUCCCAUCAUCCCACCUCGUUAACAUUCCCUCUUCCAAUUGCAUCACAUUUUCUCUCGUAUUCUUUUGAUUUUUUAUUGAAUUUUUUAGGCUUUCUUCGUAAUUGAUGUUUUUUUG